AUGCAUUACCAAGCCGCAUCAUGGGGGAGCUACGUGGCACCACCGAUAAGCACCAUGGUGGUGGGAGACCCACUGGAGCGGAUAGAGAGGCUGGCGUCAGAGAACGCGGUGGUGAUAUUCAGCAUAAGCACAUGCUGUAUGUGCCAUGCCAUAAAGAGGUUGUUCUGUGGAAUGGGGGUGAACCCAACGGUGCAUGAGCUAGAUGAAGAUCCAAGAGGGAAGGAUCUUGAAAGAGCUUUGAUGAGGCUUUUGGGUUGUUCCUCUGUGGUCCCUGUGGUGUUCAUUGGUGGAAAACUUGUGGGUACCAUGGACAGAGUCAUGGCAUGCCAUAUCAAUGGCACUCUUGUCCCUCUCCUCAAAGAAGCAGGUGCUCUUUGGCUUUGA